GCCAGUUUUCAGCAGGCUGAGCUAGAGCUAGCUGAGUGUCAACGCUAACAACCGAGCCGGUCAGUUCUAUAGUAGCGCCGGUUGGUCCGCUCGUCUAAACAUGUAUAACGAUUGACGGGGCUAAACAUACCCUGCAGGGGUCUCUCCCACGAACCCAGCACAUAAAUAUGUGACUGAAUCGCCAUCUCACAGCACCAACUAUUAUCAGCCUCCACAAUGGGAGCCCAAUUCUCUCAAUUCUUCCCUCCCCGCCCAACCUUCACCCCCGGUGACCUCCCCCAGCAAUCGGGCAAAGUGGUGCUCAUCACCGGCGGCGCAUCAGGCAUCGGCUUGGAAGUAGCCAAGGUCCUCUUCCGCAAAGGCGCCAAAGUCUACAUAGCAGGACGAUCAGAGUCCGCUGCACAGGCGGCCAUCCAGGCCAUCCUGAAGUCCGCCCUGGAGACUUCCAAGUCCAGCACAGGCGAGCUACAUUUUCUCGAACUGCAUCUAGACGACCUCUCUACCAUCAAGGCCACUGCAUCUACCUUCCGCAGCAAGGAAUCCAAGCUCGAUCUCCUCUUCAACAAUGCCGGCGUGUCCCAACCUCCGCUCGGCAGCGUCUCCAAACAAGGCAUCGAGCUCCAACUCGCAACAAACUGUCUGGGCCCAUUCCUCCUCACUCAGCUCCUAACCCCCCUUCUUGAAGCUGCAGUGUCAUCCGAGUCCAGCAUCCCCGGCUCCGUCCGCGUCAUCUGGACAAGCAGCCAAGUCGCCGAACUCUCCGCUCCGCCUGAAGGCAUCAUCAUGUCGGAGCUAACCAACCCUCCGAAAGACGCCGUGCGGAACUACGUCACCUCCAAGCUGGGCAACUGGUUCCUGUCCACGGAAAUGGCCCGUCGGUACGGCGAGAAGGGCAUCGUCAGCGUAGCGCAGAAUCCGGGCGCAGCUAAUACGAAUCUCUUGAGGAAUGCGCGCUGGAUGAAGAUCCUUUCUUGGCCGCUGCUGCAUAGUCCGGCUUUGGCGGCUCAUACGGUGCUGUAUGCGGGGCUAUCGGGGGAUUUGGGGCUAGAGAAUAAUGGUGCGUAUGUUGUUCCUUGGGGAAGGGUUCAUGAUGCUGUGGCGCCGGGGUUGUUGGAUGCGAUGAAGAGUAAGGAGGAGAGUGGGACGGGGAGGGCGUGUGAGUUUUGGGAGUUUUGUGAGGAGAGGACAAGAGAUUAUAUGUAGAGAGGAUUUGAAGGGAUUCCCAC